AACAGUAACUGACUUAGGAAUUGGUGAACGAGUGGUAGGAUAGCCUGGGGAUAAUAUGUCUUUUGUAGACUAUAGGCUAACGUUACUUACCUCAUCCGCAGAGAAUCGGCAUGCGCCUAGACUUGUAAAUUAAUUCAACGUCGAAUAGCCCACGCCUCAUUAGUGCUCACCUGGAAAUGCUUUUAAGGAAACGUGCGUGUGUGCCACUUGGACAAGGAAGGAAGACGAUGCAAUAACUCGGUUGUAAACUGCUGUCGCGUGUCUUCCUAACACCUCAUUUGUGAGAGUCUUUGUACCAGAGGAGGUUCAAAGACCAACGGAUUUUCUCAGACUGUUUUGGUGUGUCCAUGUGUCCUCACACCUACCUUCUAAAUAGGUGUGAACCCAGCCCACUGGCGUGAGAGUGUGGGAAAAGAAGCCAAAUGUCUUUGUAAUGGUAAUGCCUACCUAUAAAUACUGUGGGGUUCCAUCAGAGAGUUCCCAUUUCUCACAUCGCCAUCACAGAGAACAGAAGACAUGGCGCCCUACACUGCUGCCCUUCCUGCCUAUCACAAUCUGGAUCUGUCUGACAAGAACAGAUUCAAAUUAAGAAAACCCUUAGUGGAGAAGAUGCGCAGAGAUCGCAUCAACACCUGCAUUGAGCAGCUCAAGUCCCUGCUGGAGAAGAAGGUCCAGAGCCAGGACCCAAACGCCAAGCUGGAGAAGGCCGACAUACUGGAGAUGACGGUCAGCUUCCUGCGGCGGCAGCGGCAUCCUGGGCCUGUGCAGAGUCAGAGGGACUAUAAGGAGGGCUACUCCCAGUGCUGGAGGGAGUCCGUGCAGUUCCUCAACGCCAGCUCCAGCAGAGGAGUGCCUUUCAGGGAACAUCCUCCAGAGGAGUGCCUCUCCUCUUCAUCCUCGUCCUCCUCGUCCUCCUCCUUCCCGUCCACCUUGUCUCCUGUCACCUCCAAACAGAGCUCAGUCAGCGUCAUCCACCAUGCUGGGAGCAAGAGGCCUGUUUGGAGGCCGUGGCACUAAUGCCCACAGACGACUAAACCUGAGGGAUGUUGUGUGUCUCUCAAAAGUGUUGGAGAAGUUUUAUUUCCACUCAUCUAAUAUGUUAGUUUCUCAUCAUAUUGAUGGACAAGUACUCUGAUGUCCUUAUGUUGUUUGUAAGUGAAAUUACCAUAUCUAUUAAGUGAAGGACUCCUUCCAUUCUUUAAAUUGCUCUUAAAGUAGUGCCUAUGUACAUGUUUAACAUUUUCUAAUGUCCAUUGAGAAUUUCAUUUUGUGUUCAAAUGGUUGUUGAUGGUUGUUUUGUAUAAUGUCUGCAUGUUUUGACGACUCCAGUGGAGUUUACUGUGUACUUAUCAGACAUAUGAAUUGUUAUUGCAGGGCUUUUUCUGAGAAUAUUUCUCUUUGUACUGAAAUGUCCUUGUGUCUGACCAGCUAGCAGUGUGUUUGGCUUGUUACAUAUUGACCAAAACUGCCUGCCUGCCUGCACAUCAGGCUUAACACUCCUGAUGACUCGGCACAGUGGGCAGCUGCCAAUGCCUGAGUUAGAAAUGUCCAAAUCAGGUCUUCAAUCAAGUGUGACACUUCUGAUUGUGGGACCAGCUGUUUUUGUUUUGUAGGCCAUAUCUACUGUUUGAAUAUAGAUUUGGUUUUAUUAUGUGAUGUAUACCUAAAGCUCUUAUUUGUUCUGUUUCUUGUAUUAAUAAACAUUAUUCUUUUAAAUAA